AAAAAAAAAAAUAAUAAUAAAAUGUAUUCUAUUCUAUUAUUACCAUAACAAUAUUCCGGAACUGAAUAUAACUUUAAAAGAAACUUCAUAUUAAGACACAUAAUAAACAGUAGCUUAGCUUAAGUGAAACAGUAAGGUAUAAGUAGGAAAAUCUCAGAUAAUUCGAUGUGCUGUCGUUAAUUUUUAUACAAAGUCAUUUGAACCGAUAAAAAGAACAGUCAUUGUUAAACGUACUUACGAGUUAGCAGAAUCGACGUAUUUGAGAUAUUUAGAUAAAACACAUGAGAAAUUGUUUAGACAUUCUGGAAAGGCUCAGGAUACUUAUUGGAAAUUUAGUUAAAAUUAUGGACUCUGAACAAUUCCGAGAUUUUGCCAAAACGAUCGUUGACUACAUAGCUGAUUACACAGAGAACAUCCGAGAUAAGCCAGCUGUAUCUACAGUAAAACCGGGAUAUCUCUAUGACCUUGUACCUUCAGAAGCUCCAGUAAAAGGCGAAGAUUGGAAAACUGUCUUUGCUGACAUCGAAAAAAUCAUUAUGCCAGGAAUAACGCAUUGGCAAUCACCACAGUUCCACGCAUUCUUCCCUACAGGUAAUUCUUAUCCAGCUAUUGUGGGAGAUCUACUAUCAACAGGAAUAGGUUGCGUCGGAUUUUCUUGGAUAACAAGUCCAGCGUGCACUGAACUCGAGGUCCAAGUUAUGAAUUGGUUUGGGAAAAUGUUGCAAAUUCCAAAAGAGUUUUUAAAUGAGUCAGAAGGACCAGGUGGUGGUAUAAUACAGGGUAGUGCAUCGGAAGCAACACUUGUAUGUUUACUGGUAGCAAAAGAUCGCAUGACUAAACAUUUAAAAGCAAUAAAUCCUCAACUAGAUGACGGAGAAAUUAAAUCGAAACUUAUAGCGUACACUUCAGAUCAAUCCAAUUCGAGUGUAGAAAAAUCUGGACUUCUUGGCUCUAUGCACAUGAGAUUACUCGGAACAGAUGAUCAAGGUCGAUUAACUGGUCCUAUUUUGCUAAAAUCUAUCGAGGAAGAUCGAAAAAAAGGUCUGAUUCCUUGUUUUGUAGUUGCAACAUUAGGAACUACAGGAACGUGUUCAUUUGAUUGCAUCGAAGAUUUGGGUCCAAUAUGUAAUGAGAAUAAUAUCUGGUUGCAUAUUGAUGCAGCUUAUGCAGGUGCUGCUUUUAUACUACCUGAAUACAGAUAUUUAAUGGCUGGAAUUCAAUAUGCCGAUUCUUUUGAUGUGAAUCUGCAUAAAUGGCUCUUAGUUAACUUCGAUUGUUCCGCUUUGUGGGUGAAAAACACUAAUCAUCUGGUGAAUGCGUUUAACGUGGAAAGAAUGUAUUUAAAUCAUAGUUAUCAAAGCCAAAAUCCCCAAAUUCCAGAUUAUAGACAUUGGCAAAUACCACUGGGUCGAAGAUUCAGAGCGUUGAAAGUUUGGUUUGUAAUGAGAUUGUAUGGAGUUGAGGGUCUUCAAGCUCAUAUAAGAAAACAAAUAGAAUUAGCUGAAUUAUUUGGCCGACUGGUUGAACAAGACAGACGGUUUGAAAUUGUCACGCCCGUCACAAUGGGACUUGUUUGUUUCCGACUUAAAGGUGAUAAUAUUUGGACAAAAAGGUUGUAUGAAAGUCUGAUGAAAAGUGGUAAAAUUUAUUUAGUUACUGCGUCAGUGCGAUCACAGCUUGUAAUACGCUUUGUUGUGUGUAGCCGUUUAACCGAAGAAAGAGACGUGAAAUUUGCAUGGAAUGAAGUAUCCUCAUUAGCUGAUACUAUUACAAGUACUGAAGAAUAUAAGGAAAGUGAUAAUAUAAAAUAUUUAACACAUGGGUAAAAAAUUGGAUGGUUUAAUGGAAUAAAAAAUAAAAUAGAAUUUGUGUUAUAUAAUAAUACUACAACGCGAUUAAACUAUUAAAUUAAUUAUUGAUUUUGUUUAAAGUUUUAUUAUUUGUUAUUAUACUAUUAUUUACAUUUGACAAAAAAUAAUAUAUUUUUGUUUUUAUUUGUAUCUUGUUGAUGUUAGUAAAUUAUAAAAGCUGUUAUAAUACUAAAUGACUUUUAUUUAUGUUUUAAAAUUAUAUGAUCAGAUUAUUUUAAAGCAAUAUGUACUAAAUGUUUGAUUUUCCUAAAAUUGAUUAGUGUUUUGUUGAAUACCCAAUGUUU